AUGGUAGAGGUGCGGGUAGACCUUGUUGUGACCAUCAUAACGACCAGUGUUAUGUACCACAAAGUCAUGAAAGAACUGUCCAAAGUUGACAACGAAUCUAUCAUCUGUCAGAUACGCAUAGUCGACGUUGCUCGCAACAGGAACGACGCCUCUGAGCCCCGGUCAGAAUUCGCUGCCACCUUUGAAUCGCUUCUGAGAUCCGAGCCGCUUACUUGUCGGUCAUCACACAAAAUACACGAAGGAUUACCCGCUCCUUGCGUUGCGGUCAUCGAUUCAUUCGCAAGCUACGCGAUCGAUGCAAUCGGAAAACGUAUUCCCGUGUUCAUGUGGCGGACUAGUCCGGCUGGCUCGAUUCUGCGUCACAAUGGUCCUCCUGAGCUAGGUGGUCGAACGGAAUCGGAUUCUCCACCUGAUGUCAUUACAUCCAGUGACCGACCUGCUACUGUUGUACAGAUUCCCGGGGCACCUCCGAUGUAUGACUACGAAUGGACCCUGCAAGAGGUCGCUUAUCCUCCAGGUCUUGUGCAAACUGUAUGGAAGACAGCAGGACGGGUAGCUCAGAUUACGGAUGGAGUUCUGAACGUGUCCUGCUCUGCAUUUGAACCUGGCGCCAUAGCAGCGGCAGAGGAUUGGUACAAGUCGAUGGGGAAGAAUUGGUAUUCUGUGGGUCCGCUAUCACUCCCGCCGAAUAAGUACGCAGCAGCAGUAGCCACUCGAGAAACCGAGUUCCUUGACAAGAUGAAGGGUCGGUUUGGCGAGAAAUCGGUCAUUUACAUUGCAUUCGGCAGCUCGCCUUGGCUACCCCUUCCAAACAAGCUAUGGAUAGUAAUCGACGAACUCAUCACACAUUGCGUUCCUUUUCUUUUGGCUCACCCUUCAAGGUCUUCCCAUGUUCCAGAUGAACACACGGCGAAAAUCAACGACAGUGGACUAGGACUGGAGGUGGAAUGGGUAGAUCAGGAGGCUGUUCUUUCCCAUCCCGCUACAGGUUGGUUCCUCACUCACGGCGGGUGGAACAGCCUUCAAGAAGCAUUUGUCCACAAAAUCCCAUGUAUAUUCUUCCCAUUCAGCGCCGAUCAACCCUACAAUGCUGCGAUGAUUACUUUGAAACAUCGAGCCGGGUUCGAGCUUCUCUCCGUCCGAGAGAAGGGAAGCAAGCCACCUUUCCGAUGCAACGGAGCAAGUGACGAGAAGAUGUUCACAGAUGAAGCGGUCAGAAAAGAAGUAAGAGGGCUCCUUGUGCAAUUGAAGGGACCUGGAGGACAGAUGGUGAGGAAUAACGCGGAAAGCCUUGGUCGUACGAUGUUAAGUUGUUGGAACGAAGGACAGGAAUCGGCCAGAAAUCUGGAACGAUUCCUGAGGCAAUUCGCCGAUCGACCUGAAGAGGUGCCAACUGGGUAG